UCACAGACCUGAAGAGCAGACUGUGGGUAUAAAAGGGUGAGGUGCCUCUCCUGCACCACCUCUCCCUUCAAGAGAGCCUGGCCACUCUUUAUCAGGCGCUGCCUUCUGCCAGCGGGAAGCCAGCUGGAGGUCUAGCUUUCCCUGUGCUCCCCAGAGCCAGGACACAACCGGCUGAUUCACAUCUCUUUGGAGAACUAGGAAGGAUGAGUGAACAGUCUUUGAUUGGUGGCACUGAUGACGCCUAUCACAGUCCUCUUUGGAUAGACCCUUUUGGAAAUAAAGCCGGUGAGGCAGCACCAGGAAGCUUCAGGUGGCAAGAACAGGAGUCAGAGGAAGAGAUGGCCUUGGAAGACAGUCCCACCAUGGUUAAAGUAGACCGGGGUGAAAACCAGAUCUCAUCAUGUCGGGGGAGACGGUGUGGCUUCAAAGUGCUUGGCUAUAUCACUGGUGAUAUGAAAGAAUUUUCCAGCUGGCUCAAAGAUAAGCCUGUGGCACUCCAGUUUGUGGACUGGAUCCUUCGGGGCAUAUCCCAGGUGGUGUUUGUCAGCAAUCCCAUCAGUGGAAUCCUGAUUCUGGUGGGUCUUCUGGUCCAGAACCCCUGGUGGGCUCUCUGUGGCUGUGUAGGAACUGUGGUCUCCACUCUGACGGCCCUCUUGCUGAGCCAAGACAGGUCAGCAAUAGCAGCCGGGCUCCAGGGCUACAAUGCCACCCUUGUGGGGUUACUCAUGGCUGUCUUCUCAGACAAGGGCGACUAUUUCUGGUGGCUGAUACUCCCUGUGUCUGCUAUGUCUAUGACUUGCCCAGUUUUCUCAAGUGCAUUGAACUCCGUGUUCAGCAAAUGGGACCUCCCUGUCUUCACUCUCCCUUUCAACAUGGCGUUGUCGAUGUACAUUUCAGCCACAGGACAUUACAAUCCGUUCUUUCCAAGUAAACUCUUCACACCUGUCACCUCCGUGCCCAAUAUCACAUGGUCUGAGCUCAACGCCCUGGAGCUAUUGAAGUCUCUUCCAGUGGGAGUUGGUCAGAUCUAUGGUUGUGACAACCCAUGGACAGGGGGCAUUUUCCUAUGUGCCAUUCUUCUUUCCUCUCCACUCAUGUGCCUACAUGCUGCUAUUGGAUCAUUGCUGGGUGUUAUCGCAGGACUCAGUCUUGCAGCUCCGUUUGAAGACAUCUAUGCUGGGCUCUGGGGUUUCAACAGUUCUCUCGCCUGCAUUGCAAUUGGGGGCAUGUUCAUGGCACUCACCUGGCAGACCCACCUCCUGGCUCUGGCCUGUGCCCUGUUCACUGCCUACUUCGGAGCCUGUAUGACACACCUAAUGGCUGUGGUCCAACUGCCAGCUGGUACGUGGGCCUUCUGUUUGGCUACACUCCUGUUCCUCUUGAUGACCACGAAAAACCCCAACAUCUACAGGAUACCCCUCAGCAAAGUCACCUACUCUGAAGAGAACCGCAUCUUCUUCCUACAAAACAAGAAAAGGAUGGUUGAAAGCCCUCUGUAAAAGCAACGCCACACAAUAGCUGUGGUCAUGAGACAUUUCUAAGUGCAGCUCCAGUUGGUUUCAAGAUUCUCAGCAACUUCUUUUCACGGGGAAUAGCUUUCAGGCUAUCAGUGACCCAUCCUUUGCUUGCUUUGUGUUUUUCUUUUUGACUGUAUUCCAUCAAGCACAUGAGAACCAUGUCCAGGUCACGGUCUCUGGAAUGGAAUUUAAGCCCUUCUGUGUGUUGGGUAGUGUUAAUAUUGCAAUGUAUUUAUAAAGUCAAAAUGUUCCAAGACAAAGAAGAAUGGAAACAGAAUAAUUAUUAUUUAAAGCUAUCUUUGAUGUCAGUAUUAAAAAUUAAGUUCUGUAACCAUCUAAGCCUACGGGAUUCCCAGGCACAGAAGCAAAGCCAACCCAAAGUCCUCAGAUAAACAGUUUGCUUUCAGAAUUAGCACAAGUUACUCAUGGCAACUGUGGCCAACAUUGCAGUGGAACACGUUGAUGGCAGGCUGGUCCCUAGCCCAGCAGUGGAGUGGUUCCUGCACCGUUGCGUGUGUGUGACGUUCUUGAUGAGAAUGGUUAGGGUUUUUCAAGCUGACAGAGCUGUGGGGAGGACUUUGCUGGUCAAAAUAGUUUGGUAUUGCUGCUCUUGGAAUUUAAAAAAUUCAGGUAGAGUUUAUUUAUUCUUAUGAAAUUUUUUCACUGAAAUAGCCAAUUCCUAGACAUUAAAUAAAAUAUAUAUGUAUGGAAUACUUAGCAUAGUUGCUUUAUUUUAAUUAUUAUAUUAUUUUUUACUUCUUAGUUUUUGGGGGUGUUUGACAUAAGGCCUUGUGAUGUAGCCCAGGCUAGCCUAGAACUCAGCAUCCCUGUUUCCAUUCCCUAAGCACUGGGACUAUAUGUUAGUUUUUUAAGUGCUUCAGAUACAUGGCAACUUCAUUAACCUCAAGAACCUUUUAAUUAAAAGCUACAUUUUAAAUGAAUUUAAGGACAUCUUCUAGACACUGGCAGUUAAGUCACAUUCACAUAGUCUUUUCAAGAGUUCUUUAAUUUCUAUUUUUUAUAAUUUAUCUUUAUUUUGUGAGCAUUGGUGUUUUGCCUUCAUAUAUGUCUAUGUGAGGGUAUUAGGUUCCAAACAAUUGUGAACUGCCAGGUGGGUGCUGGGAAUUGAACCCAGAUCCUCUGGAAGAGCAGUCAGUGUUCUUAACCACUGAACCAUCCCUCCAGCCCCUAGUUUCAUUUUUUUAAACAGACAUUUUCUGCACACUAAUGUUCUGUUUGGGUAACCAAUGGUAUUGGAACCACCUGAAAGAAAUGCAUGGAGGAAAUUUUCCAGGUUUUCUUAGUAAAUUUUCUAAUUUAAAAGUUGCAGUUUCUGUGAAAAAAAUAUAUGACCAUCAUACCUAAGAGGACAGUAGAGAGUUCCACUUGCUGUCUGCCAACUGUCCAAUGAAAUUUGUUAUUUGGAGGUUGGGAAAGUAGCAUUUUAAAUCCUAAAGAUUUUUUCCUAUUGAAUAUGUUGUUAAUGCCCAAAAUCCUAGCGCUCAGGAAUUGAGGCAAAAACACCACAAGUUGAAGGGUAGUGUGGACUACUCUGAAUGGACCGGUCUCAAAAAUCAAACAAACAAAAAAAGAAACACUUUCUCCCUCUUUCAAUAGUCAGUGCUUGCUGGUUUUUAAUCCCAGCCCUCAGGAAGCAGAGGCAGGUUGAUCUCUGAGUUCAAGGCUAGCUUGGUCUAAAGAGUGAGUUUUAGGACAGCCAGGGUUAUAACAUAGAGAAACCCUGUCUUGAUGAGCAAAAACAAGCAAACAAACAAAAAUACAAAGUGUUGAGAAGACAAUACACAGUUUGCUGAAUGGCUGAUGCAAAUACGUCAGGUCACUCUCCCUCUAUUCAGGAACCUGAGAACUGUGACCAUUUUAAAUCAUGUGACCAAAGCUCGUUGAAGCCAUGGAUUUGCAAUUGUCAUUGAUUCCUGAGUUGUCCUAUAGAGAAUCUGAAUUUCCUGUGCUUGAACAGAAAUUAUUCUGUCUGGAAUUUGGGAAAUAAGGCUUGGGAACAGCAAAAAAAGUGUACGCAAAGACCCGGCCCCCCAGAAAUGAAGACGCUGCAUGAAGGCAGAAUGGACUGAAGUGUCCACCAUGCAGCUGAGCCUGUCUCAAAAACAGGGCUCUAACACACCUAAGCCAGUGCUGUCUCAGUCCUUCGAAUGGGAACAAGACUAAAGCCUUCUAUAUUAUUUUAUUUAUAUAAUAUUAAUGUCUUUAAGGUAUUUUUGUUACUAAGUAUUAUCCUAAAGUUAAGAAAAAACUCUUAGGGUUCCUUUGUACCUUUUUUGCUAUUGUCUGUGUAACAGAUUCCUUUGUAAACAUAUGAAUAAAUUAUAUUCACAGCUCAA